GCCUUAAACUGAGUUCCCCUCCAGCCCCGAGCCAGGAGCAGCUCUCUGUACCGGGAGAGGCACAGAGCACUCGAGCUAUUUCAGCCACAUGAAAAGCAUCAGAAUUGAGAUCGCAGCUCAGAGGACACCGGGCGUCCCUUCCACCCUCCAAGGAGCUUUGUAUUCUUGCACCUGGCUGCCUGGGACUUUCCUCUGGCAGUAAACAAAUACAGAAAGCAGGACUAAGACUGCCUGAAUAUGUCGAAACAGCCAGUUUCCAAUGUCAGAGCCAUCCAGGCAAAUAUCAAUAUUCCAAUGGGAGCCUUUCGGCCAGGAGCUGGGCAACCCCCCAGAAGAAAAGAAUGUACUCCUGAAACCGAGGAGGGAGCUCCUCCCACCUCGGAUGAGGAGAAGAAGCCAAUUCCGGGAGCAAAGAAACUUCCAGGACCUGCGGUCAACCUAUCGGAGAUCCAGAAUAUUAAAAGUGAACUGAAAUAUGUCCCCAAAGCUGAACAGUAGUUGGCAGAAAAAAGGCUUGAUGUGAAGAAUUAAAAAUGAAGAGAGUGGAUUCAAAUGAAUAUAGCUCAAUAAAAAUUUUUCUAUAUUUGUAUGAAGAUUAUGAACCUCCCGAAUGCCUGAGACUCUAGCAAAAAUGGCCUGUUUGUACAUUUAUAUCUCUUCCUUCCAUUUGGCUGCAUUUCACUUUAAUUUAUCUUCAUUUGUGGCAACUUGCAGAGUAAAUCAGCCCAUAAAUUCGCCACCUGAAGGGUGUGGUUUUGAGGAGGGAUAUGAUUUUAUGGAGCAGGAUAUGGCAAUGUGUGUAACAGCGAUUUUGAUGGAAAGAUCUCUAAGCUACUUCCCACAGUCUCUUGGUCAAUAUUUGGAAUGCAUUUUAGUUCUUCACCUUUUAAAUUAUGUCAAUAAACUUUUUAUGAGUUCAAAUAAAUAUCAGAGUAAAUGUAAAA